AUGGGCCCGACCCAGCGCUGUCUCCUCUGUCUCAAGGUUGAGCUUUUCAUCUUCAAUCUGAUCUUCUGGCUGGGCGGCUGUGGGGCGCUGGGCGUGGGGCUCUGGCUCGCUCUCUCGCAGGGCCGGUUCUCCGCACUGUCGCUGUCGCUCCCGUCCCUGGGGGUCGCCGGGCUGGUGAUGGCCGCUGGCGCUGUGGUGAUGGCCGUGGGCUUCCUGGGCUGCCUGGGGGCCGCCACCGAGCAGCGCUGCCUCCUGCUGACGUUCUUCGUGGUUCUCCUCACCGUCGUCCUGCUGGAGCUGAGCGGGGGCCUGGCCUUCUACGCCUGCCGGGGGCAGUUUGACAGAUACGCUCAGGACGACCUGAAGUCGGGGCUGCGGCGAUACGGGGCUCCAGGGGAGCCGGCGCUGACCCAGGCCUGGGACACGGUGCAGACCGAGUUCCGGUGCUGCGGGGUGCAGAACUACACCGACUGGUUCGAGGUGCGCAACGGGACGGGGGUGCCCGAAUCCUGCUGCCUGGAGCACGGCGCCCCCUGCUCCGGCCUCGGCGCCGCCUGGUGGAAGGAGCCGUGCUACGAGAAGGUGAAGUCCUGGGUGGCGGAGAACGUCUGGGCCAUGGGCAUUUUCGCUGCCUGCAUUGCUGUCGUCCAGGUCCUGGGCCUCGUCUCCUCCAUGCUGAUGUACUGCCAAGUGCUGAAGGUGGAGAAAUAUUAUCACUGA